UAAAAGCCUCUCCUUUGGGGCGCGCUCGGAGAUCCGGCUCCUUGCCAGCCACAAGAGCACCCAACAUGCCUAUCAUCCUGGGCUAUUGGGACAUCCGCGGGCUUGCCCACGCCAUCCGCCUGCUCCUCGAGUACACCGGCGCAAACUAUGAAGAGAAGGUGUAUCAUUUUGGGGAUGCUCCUGACUUUGACAAAAGCCAAUGGCUGGAUGUGAAGUUCUCGCUGGGCCUGGACUUCCCUAACCUACCCUACCUGAUUGACGGGGACCAUAAGAUCACCCAGAGCAAUGCCAUCUUGCGCUACAUUGCCCGACAGUACAACCUGUGUGGUGAGACUGAGGAAGAAUGCAUUCGAGUGGACAUGCUUGAGAACCAUGUCAUGGAUGUCCGCUUGCAGCUGUCCCGGGUUUGCCACAACCCAGACUUUGAAGUUCUGAAAAUUGAGUACCUGGAGCAGCUCCCAGGGCAAUUGAAGCUCUUCUCCCUGUUUCUGGGGAAGUGGACAUGGUUUGCAGGGGACAAGAUCACUUAUGUGGAUUUUCUUGUGUAUGACGUCCUUGACCAGAACCGAAAGUUUGACCCUUGUUGCUUGGACGACUUCACAAACCUCAAGGCUUUCUUAGAUCGAUUCGAGAGUCUGAGUAGAAUUGCUGCCUACUUAGCCUCUGACCGCUGCCAGCCCUAUCCAAUCUUUGCAAAGAUAGCCUGCUGGGGUAAUAAGUAGGGACCCACAAGGACCAAAGACCUGGGAGGGAGGAACAGUCAUCGCUGGCUGAUCCAGCUGCAGUAGAGGGCUGCUAAGAAGAUUCCUGGCCCUCACCCUGGAGCCCAGGGUUUCUAAUAAAGUGCUGUAACUUUA